CCCGCCGCGGGGCCAUGGCUGCUCGCGAGCCGGCGCUGGUGUCAUUCGAAGACGUGGCCGUGACCUUCACUGGGGAGGAAUGGAGACAUCUGAACCCGGCCCAGAGGACCUUAUGCCAAGAGGUGAUGCUGGAGACUUGUGGGCUCCUGGUCUCACUGGGGCAUCCUGUUCCCAAACGAGAGCUCAUCUACCUACUGGAACAUGGGCAAGAACUAUGGACAGUGACGAGAAGUCUCUCCCCACACGCCUAUAGAGGUGACAAAGUGAAACCCACAACCACAGAGCCUGCUGCUGCCCGGCUGGCCUCCACCGAGGAGGCCUCCUUUGAAGAACAAGUGACACAGACAGCCUUGAGGGAUUCCAACUCGGGGCAAGCGGGAGAUCAAGAGAAACGAUCAGAACUGCAGGAGGGGAGCUUGAGGCCAGGAACAAACCCCCAGAAGGAGACAUACUCCAGGAUGCUGGACCAUAAACACGGUGACUUAGGGACAGGUGACAGUCUGUGCUUAAGGGUUUUACAGGAGCAAGUGACCACACCAGAUGCCCUGCAUGAACGUGACUCCCAAGGACCAGCAAAAGACCCUGUCCCUGAUACAAGGAAUAACCGCUAUAAAUGCAAGGAAUGUGGAAAAGGGUUUAGCAAGAACUGGGCCUUGGUUCGGCACCAGCAGAUUCACGCCGGAGUGAAGCCCUACGAAUGCAAGGAAUGCGGGAAAGCCUGUCGCUACCUGGCAGACUUCAUUCGACAUAUGAGGUUUCAUACUGGGGAAAAACCAUACAAGUGUGUGGAGUGCGAGAAGGCUUUCAAACGCAGAUCCCACCUCACAGAGCACCAGCGUAUUCAUACCGGAGAUAGGCCCUACAAGUGCAAAGAGUGUGGUAAAGCUUUCACCCACCGUUCGUCUUUUAUCCAGCAUAACAUGACCCACACUAGAGAAAAGCCCUUUCUGUGCAAAGAAUGUGGGAAAGCGUUUUACUAUAGCUCUUCCUUCGCUCAGCACGUGCAGAUCCACACUGGAAAGAAACGCUAUGAGUGCAGUGAAUGUGGCAAGGCCUUCACUCACCGCUCCACAUUUAUCCAGCAUAACAUGUCCCACACAGGAGAAAAGCCUUUUCUGUGCAAAGAAUGUGGGAAAGCUUUUUGCGUUAAUUCAUCCUUCACUCAGCACAUGAGGAUUCACACUGGAGAGAAACCCUACGGGUGCAGCGAAUGUGGAAAGGCCUUUACUCACCGCUCCACUUUCAUCCGGCAUAAGAGGACUCAUACUGGAGAGAAGCCCUUUGGGUGCAAAGAAUGUGGGAAGGCCUUUUGUGACAGCUCUUCCUUAAUUCAGCACGUGAGAAUACACACAGGCGAGAAGCCCUAUCAGUGCAGGCAAUGUGGAAAGGCCUUUACACACCACUCUGUUUUUAUCCGGCAUAAUAGGACCCACAGUGGAGAAAAACCCUUGGAGUGUAAAGAAUGUGCAAAAGCUUUUUACUACAGCUCGUCCUUUAUUCGUCACAUGAGGAUUCACACAGGAGAGAAGCCCUAUGUCUGUGGAGAAUGUGGAAAGGCCUUUACCCAACCUGCAAAUUUUGUUCGGCAUAGUAGGAUCCACACUGGAGAAAAACCCUAUGAGUGCAAGCACUGUCAGAAGGCCUUUUGUGACAAUUUUGCCUUAACUCAACACACGAGAACUCAUACUGGGGAGAAACCCUUUGAAUGCGUAGAAUGUGGAAAGGCCUUCAGCCACAGCUCAUCUUUCACUCAUCAUCGAAAGAUCCAUACCAGAGUUUAAAAGACGUAGGAAGACCUUUGCAAAUAUGUUCAUCUCACUCAAUUUUAGUGAGCUCGUACUGGUGAAAGACCUUUCCUCUUGAAUCUAACCAUUCGUGGAAAUAUUUUGACCAGAGAAUUAACUUAGUACCUGAUAAUUGAUACUGAAGAGGAACACUCAAAUUUAUCAUCUCUUUGAAAGCUUUUUGUGACAGGUAAUCACUUGUCAUCUAAAGAGUCGUUUUAGAAACUGACCCAGCUUAGGCCAUUAGGCUCUAUCUGAAAAUCAUCCACAGGAGAGACUCGAUGGCUCUCGUGCAUUUAGGGAAAAUGUCAGCAACAACCAUUAUCAUUAACAUUACAAAUCCAUCUUAACAGUAUUUUAAAAGAGGGCCUCCCUAGUGGUGCAAGGGGUUGAGACACAACUUAUGAAGCAAUCUGCAGCCACUGCAGCAUGAAUUCGAUCCCCGGCCAGGGAGAUACCCACAUGGUGCAGCAGAACUCUCCUGACUUGCCCGCUGCUCCCCUCAGCAGUGUAUUUCAGUCAAUCUGCCUGUUCUGUUCCCCAUUCUGUCUCUGGUGAGUCCUCUCACCCCCCACACCUCUGGCCUGUACCCCAGUUCUUGUAUGCAUAAAUAAAUAUUUUUUUAAAAAGAGUAUUUUAAAAGAACAAGGAGAAGCAGAGGAGAUGUAGAAGAGAAAGGGAAAAGAAAUGCAUGUAUGAGUUCUUUCCAACUGCCCCGUCAAGCCUGUGAAAAUACGUCAUUUGGGGGAGAGGUUGGGGUAGGAGAGAUAAAAAGGCUUUGUCCCCUUUAUAUAACUUUCGUACAGCCAGAGUUAGAGCAGUUAGACCACUAAGGGCAGCUCUGCCAACACUGAUUAAAAGUAUAAUUUAUUCCAAAAAUUCUUAAUGUCUACCCUUGAAUAACAGGUUUUUGAGAAAUAUAAAGGCCUGAGCCUUUUACACAGAUAAAUGCAGACAUGUGUAGUUAAUUCUUAAUAGUCAUAGUAUAUUCUGUAAAUUAGUGAGUUUUGAACCAUUGCUACUAGGGGAAAUAUAAGCCUAGGGUCCUUUGAACUUUCAUCAUAUUUCCAAUCAAACAAUAUAUAACCUUUUAUAGAAUUUUUUUUUCUGUUUAAAUAUACCUUAUAUUUUUUAUAAUGUUUCUUAUAAAUUAUGGGGUAGCAUUUCACUAGAAUAAAAAUGUUUCAAUUGCAUCAUUUUUGUGUAAGGUCCUCUAUUAUUGUAUUAACUCUCACUCAGCUGAACACAUACCAAUAGCACACAUAUUCAGUGGUCAGAAUAAAUAGUAAAAAACCGUACAGUACUGUAAACACAUGCUGUGCUGCACAGUAGAUUCAUGCAAAGAACAUCCUAAGAAAAAUUAAAGAUUAAAAUAAAUUAGAUGUUAAAGUUAACUAACAUCUGGGGCCGCCCUGGUGGUGCAAGAGAUUAAGACGCAAUCUAUGAAGCUGUCCUCAGCCUCUGUAGCAUGAGUUCUAUCCCCAGCCAGCCAGGGAGCGAGCAACCCACAUGGCGCGGCAGACCUCUCCUGACUUGCCCGCUGCUCCCCUCAGCAGUGUAUUUCACUCAGUCUGCCUGUUCUGUUCCCCACUCUGUCUCUGGUGAAUCCUUCUACCCCUCCACACCUCUGGCCUGUACCCCAGUUCUUGUAUGCAUAAAUAAAUUAAUCAAUCUUUAAAAAAAUUAACUAACAUCCUUUUAAUGAGUUGCUGAGUUUGUGCUAGGCCACUGCACUGUUGCCAACCCCUGAGUUUGGCAUGUCCCGAGAAACCUGAGAGGUUGGUGGAACUUACUCUGCAAAAGAGGAAGAUGCUGACAGGGAUGGCGUAUCAACAUUUAGCACUUCUGGGACCUCCCUGGUGGCACAAAGGGUUGAGGUGCAGCACUAUGAAGCUGUCCGCAGCCACUGCAGCAUGAGUUCAAUCCCUGGCCAGGGAGCUACCCACAUGGUGCAGCAGACCUCUCCUGUCUCGACGCUGCUCCCCUCAGCAGUGUAUUUCAGUCAGUCUGCCUGUUCUGUUCCCCACUCUGACUCUGGUGAAUCCUCUCACCCCCCACAUCUCUGGCCUGCACCCCAGCUCUUGUAUACAUAGAUACCUUAAAAAAAAACAACAAAACAAAACAUUUAGCACUUCUGCCUGGGGAGCCGUGUCACUUGUUGAAUCCACAGUUUUCCCUCCUGAACUGGCUUUAAAAACCACCAGUUUUCUAUUCUUGGCUUUUGCCUCAGAUCUCUAACUGUCUUGGCAUAAGGAGGACAUGAAGUGCAGCUUAGGUGCCCAAGUUUUAGGCCAAGUUCAAGCAUAGGGUUAUAUUCUUCCAUGUCAUUGAAAUCUUUUCUAAUGCUGAAUUUCACUCUGCAUUUUGGAAUCUUAGAUUGAUUUUCAUCACCAUCCUCAUCAUCACUGACUUUGAUUUCUUGUUUUGCCAACUCUCCCAGCAUUUUUUUUUGGGGUGAGUGGGUCUGCCUUCUCUGUCAAAAUUUCUUCCAGAUCUUCCAUGUCAUGGUAGCCUUUCACAUUUAUUUGCCAUGAGAUAUACAUUAUGUAUUUGACACUGUUCUUGAUAUUUUCUGUAACACUUUCAAAGCCUUUGACAUUUUUCAUAAAGUCUGGCCAAACAUUCCCCAGGAGCUGCUGACAGUCUGCUUGAUUCCCCAGGCCGUGGGAUCACCACAAUAGUGGUGUGUACGAUGACUGACUUCCAGUAUCCAACAGGCAGUUUUCUUGUUGAUAGUGAGGGCUCUGCUAUAAAGCUCCUUCAUGUCAUGUACUGGGAAAGUUUUUACUAUGCCCUUGUUUUUUUAUGCAUAUUUGUAUUUGUAU